GUGGUACGCUUGGGGGGCGACUAUUUACGCCAUUGGUUCGGUUCGUCCCCAGGAGGCUCCCGUCGUUCAGCGUGGGAUAAACAGUGGACCCUCAAUCAACGACAAGCUCAGGCUUAUCAGUAUGCAUUGUCUACUAUAGAUGCGGCUUGCCUUG